UUUCUUCACUCUCCGUCUCUCUUCAGCAGUCCACAUUCGAACGUACGAAAGAACAAACGAGCAGAAGGUUUUUGUGCUGGAAUUUAAUUUGUUAGAGAAAGAAAAAACAAUAAUAAAGUUUUGCUUUCAUUCCAAACAAAAUAAAGUGGAUAAUAAAUAGAUAACCGGCCGUAUCUAAGCCGUUCAACUAAUUGUGCCAAUUUAAAUACAAUUAAAACCGAUUUUUGUGUGCUGCGCUGGGCGUGCUAGGCGCAGCAGAAACAUAAUUUUUUGUGGUUGGUUGCGUAAAAGUGUUUUGCAGUGACUACCGCGAAAAAUGGAAGACCUCACCAAGAACAUCAUAUUCACUACAAACGCUAUUAACGGUCAACCGGCGACCAUACAGUACCAAACGGCAGACGGCACCAUCCUCAAGCAACCCAAAAUAGAGGGCCAAAAGGCCGACCAACAGCCCACCUUCUACUACACAACAAAUGGCAAUGCAGCCACUGUCAAUUUAGCACAGUUGGCAACCUCGGACGACAAUAAGACUUGCUACAUUGCACAGCCAGUGGGCGGUUAUAAUUAUGCAUUGGUAAAUGGCAUGCCACUGAACCAGGGCACCGCUCUAGGAAUUGCCACAGUCGAUGCCCAGGGACGCAUACAGAUUGUCAAUCAAAACAAGCCCAUAUCAGCUCAGACAAUUUCACCACUGCAAAACACAAUAUCGAACAUCAGCUUCAAGUGUGAUGUGUGCUCCGAGAUGUUUCAGCAUCUGGCGCUGCUCAACGCACACAAGCGCAUGCACACCGAUGGCUCAGAUCCACAGCAGCAUAAUUCACAGCAAUCGAAUGACUCUAUAGCGGUGGUCAAUGCACAGGGGAUGGUGCAAACACAGAACAUCAUUACCGGCAACGGUCAGAUGGGUCAGAUACAAAUUGUAGCUUCCGAUUCGCUGGAGCCAGUGCAGCAAUCUGUCAUGCAGCAGCAGCAGCAACAACAGGCACAGCAACAACAACAGCAGCACGACAACUCCAAGUCGAGCAAGUGCAUCAAUUGCGGCAGUGCUAUCCACCAGCAGUCGAAGCGCAAAGGUCCCAAGCAGGUGCGCUGUGAAUCGUGCAUGCAGGCAGAGCAGGCAGCACAACAACAAAUAUUUGUAGCGCCCGAUGGACAAAUGGCGCAUCCCGUGCAAAUCAUAUCAACUACACCACAAGCGCAGGCACAACUCCAGCAAAUAGUUGCCCAGCAGACUGGCGGCACGACGCCCAAACGUGAGCCCAGCUCAUCGUCGGGCCAUCAUCCGGUCAAGAAGCGCAAUUCGCAACAGAUGACAAAGUGUCAAAAGUGCAAUGGAUCCGGUGUGGUGCUUAUGGGUCAACAGCAUACACAUCAAUCCCAUGGUGGGGCAGGGGGAUCUGUUAAGCAGAACUCUGUCACCGUCAAGACCGAAAAUCCCAGUAAACCAUUCAGUUGCAACAUAUGUGGCGGCCUCUUUUCACGCUACUCCAGUCUGUGGUCGCACAAGAAGCUGCACAGCGGCGAGAAGAACUACAAGUGCACCAUCUGCGGAUUGGCAUUUGCCAAGGCUGUAUAUCUGAAGAACCAUGCCCGCAUACACACGGGAGAAAAACCGUACAAAUGCCAAACUUGUGGCAUGCAGUUUUCACAAUCGCCGCACCUGAAGAAUCACGAGCGCACGCACAGCGGCGAACGUCCGUAUGUGUGUGGAGUGUGCGAUAAGGGAUUUGCGCGUCAUGCCACGCUGUGGAAUCAUCGGCGCAUUCACACCGGUGAGAAGCCAUAUAAAUGCGAAAUAUGCGGUUCAGCAUUUUCGCAAGCGGCCCAUCUCAAGAACCACGCCAAGGUGCACUCCGGCGAGAAGCCGUACAAGUGUGAAAUUUGCUCUGCGGCAUUUGCCGAUCGUUUUGCGUUGAAGCGUCAUCGUGGCAUUCAUCAGAAGUAUGGACAAACAGCACCCAGACAGCCGGCAGGUGAUGGCAUGGUAGUGCACAAGCAAGAGUUACCCGACAUGGAUGACGAUGCGCAGCAGGAGGUGAUCAUCGGUGGCUUAUAGAUAAGAGCAACCAAAGCCAUUGCCAAGACGACCAGCACAGCAACGACUACGGCAGCGGCGGCAGCCUAUCAAUCGGGAUCGGGUACGAGUACAGGCACAGGCACGGGCGCAUUUCCAACACAGCCCUAUCCAGGCUAUUACUAUAAUUUGCCAACGGCACAGGAACGGCAGGAAGAGCAGCCGCAGCAAGGCGCCGCCUUUAGUGCUUCAUCAAGCUACUGAGUCGGCGCCUGUACAUAAACGGGGCAGAGAAGCAUCGUCAUCGUCAUCAUCACCAUUACCAGCUAGGCACUAUUAAUGUUAUACAUAUUAUUAUUAUUAUUUUUAUUCUUUUUUUUAAAUAAUGUAGUUUUCUUGUAGGGCUCCUUGAAUUGGGCUUGGGGCACUCGAAAGAGUGACACCAUAAACGCUUUUUUACGUUAAUCAAACAAAA